UGUUUAUUCAAAGGUCCAUCAUGAGGAUUGAGGCCACUCUCCAGCUGGGCUUCUGUGCCCUGUGUCUAACUCUGGUGUUUCUUGGAGAAGUAAAGGGAGAUCCUGAUCCCCCACCAGUAAACUGUGUUUGGAGCCGCUGGUCGGAGUGGAGUUCAUGUGAUCCUUGCACAAAAAUCAAAAGGCGGUCUCGAACUGCUGAGGUGUUUGGCCAGUUUGGUGGCGAGCACUGCCAGGGACCAGUAGGGGAGAGGGACAGCUGUACAACAAAUGCUAAUUGUUCAACACUGUUGCCCUCUGUGUGCUCUGACUCACAGUUCCAGUGCGAGUCAGGUACGUGCAUCAGGAAGAGAUUAAUGUGCAACGGGGACCUUGACUGUGAGGAUGGAUCCGAUGAGCCACAUGACUGUGAUCCUGAGAAUAAACCCUGUGGUACAAGAGUCCUGGAUACAAAUGAGCAAGGCAGGACAGCAGGAUACGGAAUCAACAUCUUGGGUGCAGGUCCUCGAAUGAACCCCUUUAACAAUGAUUACUUCAAUGGGAGGUGUGAUCGAUUGAGAAAUCCAAACACUGAGCAGACUGACAGGCUUCCCUGGAACGUUGGUGUGCUCCACUAUCAGACUUUAGUGGAAGAAACCGUUUCUAGAGAAAUCUAUGAAAACUCACACACCCUUGUGAGGCAAAUGCUAAAAGAGAGGACUUCUACCAUUGAUGUUGGAUUUUCCUUCAAAUUCCAACCAAGUGAGGCUUCCUUGUCCAAAGAUUCUGGAAGCGGAGGUGUAAGCGGAGAUGCAAGUAUAGGAUUUAAAAAGGAAACAGUGAUCAAGGACAUGACAAAGUACACAACAAGUUACACAAAGAACAAGAGCUUUAUGCGAGUGAAGGGCACAGUAGAGAUGAGCACCUACAGGAUACGUUCCCGGGACCUCCAGGUGGCAGAUGAAUUCCUGGACCACGUCAAAUAUUUGCCCUUAGAGUAUGAGAAGGGUAUUUAUUUUGCCUUUCUGGAGGACUAUGGAACUCACUACACCAAAAAUGGGAAGUCUGGCGGGGAAUAUGAAUUAGUCUAUGUACUCAACCAGGACACCAUCAAGCUGAAAAAUGUGACAGAAAGAAAGAUUCAAGAAUGCAUCAAAUUAGGCAUCGAAGGAGGCAUUACCGCGGGUGGCGUAUCAGUAAGAGGACAUGUCAAACCAGAUGACUGUAAAAAUGUCACAAACCCCACCACAGCUGAAAGUGAAGGAAAAGCAGUGGUGGACAAGGUGAUGACAUCAGUCAAAGGAGGUACACUAGUAACUGCUGUUGCUAUGAAGACAAAAGUGAAUAAGGAAGGGGUGUUGGACUUGAUAACAUUUCAGGACUGGGUCCGGAGCAUCUCUAAUGCCCCUGCACUGAUUAAUAGUGAGCCAGAGCCCAUCUAUAUGUUAAUUCCAUUGGAAAUGCCGGAUGCUAGCGUAAGAAUUUCCAAUCUGAAGCAGGCCGUAGCAGACUAUGUGGCGGAGUAUAACGUGUGCAAGUGUAAGCCUUGUCAUAACGGAGGCACUCUUACUCUGCUGGAUGGAAAGUGUAUAUGCCUGUGCUCUAACAUGUUUGAAGGCAUGGCAUGCCAGAGUUUCAAGGGUGAUAAUACUGACCCCCCAGUUAAAAGACCUCCUAUUGCCCAUGAAGGUAACUGGUCAUGCUGGUCUAGCUGGUCCAGCUGCACCAAUGGGAAACGCACCAGGACACGCACAUGUAACACAGACAGGCUCCCUGGAGCUGUGUGCAGAGGAGACAUCAGCAGUGAGGAACACUGCUAGGCAGAUAAAUUAUCAUUUAAUAGUCUCUCUCUGACAUACACAUACACACAACCUGGGUAUAAAAAAAUAAACAUUUAAGCGCAUUUGAGCAUUUUUGUAUUUUGUAUACAGAGCCAUCUUAAGGGUCGGUAUAGGUAAUGCAGUCCAUAAGAUACAUUUUGGAUUUUUUAUUUUUUGUCAUUUAAAUAUGUAGAGUUUGAGUAUACAAUAGCAAUUGUAAACUCGUACUCGUAGAUUUGGUAACAAUCUCUGUGGAACUUGAAGGACCCACUGUAGCUCACAGGCCAUCUAGAUUUUCUUUUCUUACAAAUAAAUGAAAUUUAAUGAACAUAAACAGUUACAAAACAAGUACAAGUACAUGUAUAUAAUUUUAUUAAAGAUGUGGUCCUCCACUUUACACUUAGCAUCUAUUAGCAUGAUCAACACCAGUGCUAAUUUAACUGAGCCCUGUAAGUUAUUUUAAUUUUGGUCUUUCAUUUUGGCAACUUCACCACAUUGUGAUACACUAAAUCAAAUUAAAAGCACCUUCUCAAAACGAUUUCAACCAAUCCAAGGUCUGUGCUAUCUUUUAGCCCUGAUUAAUCAUUAAUCAGUCUUUAUUUAGAUCCAAAAUAUUUUUUUGACCACAAACAAUGUGUCUUUCAACUUUAGUUCCGUUAAAAUAGUGUUGGACUGAAGUAUGUAUUAAUGGGCAAAUAACUCAUCUUUAAAAGCACAAACACAUUCCAGCUGGCUGCGCUGUGCAAAUGAGAACCAGAUGAGCUGAAGCAGGGUGGAGAGAGAACUGACAGAGGACAACAAGAUUAAGGUUCUGGACAUAAACACAACAUAAAGAAAGACGUUAUAUAUGCAUUCAGAUUUUCUCAGGUGGCAUUAAAGUUUUCUGUAACCUCAUAUUUCAUGUAUGUGCAUUUACCCAUAAAUGUUUUUCCA